AUGCAGAUCAUCCAAGGCUGGCUCCACCAUACUGGCACUCCUGCCCCAGCUAUCGAUUGGUCCCGGUCUAGCCGCCAUGGCAUCACACUGCAGAUGUUGGCAUACUCACGUAGAGUGUGGCAACCACCGAUCAAAAAGAAAACACCUCUGCUGCGGGACAAGGUGCUGCAAGCUAAUGGGCAUGGCAUCACUGUCAAAGCCCACGGAGGAAAGAGUCACGUGGAAGUCUUGGCUAAGGGAAGAGACCUCCAGAAGGUCACUAUGAACCUCCAUACAUGUUGUGCCCUGGAGUCUGACCAGUUCACUCAAUCCAAUGGCUCUGCCUUUCUCUCAACAAUGAGGCCCGCAUUUGGCGAUCACGAUGAAAACGGCUCCAGCAAUGCCGAGGCUUCGACUACCGAUGCCGCCGAUGUGCUGGUCCUGUCCGGCUCGACCUUCAACCCUGUAUCCAACCCGAAGCACUGA